CUCUUCUGCAAACUGAAAGCCAUCGGCCACCCUCCUGCCUCUAGCCUCCUACGCACCGGUCCUACUCCCUCCUCCCCUUUCCCUCUCCCGUCCCGUCCCGUCCCCUUCCAUCUAGCCUCCUCUUCCCUCAGUCUCCAUUUGCCAUAUUCACUAGUGCAAUACACAGGCAAGGUAUCCACCUACUUUGCUUUCCAUCACUCAUAGUCUACUAGUCCACACUUCAUUAACCCAAAAAAAGGAAAAGCUGCUGACUAUAAUUAUGAUCGUAAUUUGGAUGAUUACUGCUCCUCCAGCAGUUUGUUUCUUCAAACACUAGCAAUGUCCUAGUUGAUGUCGAUUUCUUUACAAAUUUGAUUCUCUUCUCUAAUUCAAGCUGCCCUGUUCAAACAUGGAAGCCUUUCGUCUACAACCCAAAUUUACCUUCACACAAUUGAUCCUCCCUACCCACCAAAAUAUCACUAGAAAAGCUAUCAAAGUCAAACCCCAGUUUUCACUUUUUUCCCCCUUUAAUCUCCGCCUCAAACCCAAACCCUCCCUAACCACUCCUCGCAAGCUUACUUUUGUAACCCCAAUCAAUUGCAAGCACCAUGACGAACAUCUUCAUGAAUCUCACCACCACCACCACCACCACCACCAUGGUCAUCAUGAUGAUGUGGGGUCUGAGGUGAAGCUAACCAAAUCCCAGUUGGCGUUUCUGAAUUUCGCCAUGGCGGUUAAAUGGACCCAAUUGGCCAACUUCUUGAGAGAGCAUUUGGAGUUGUGCUGCUGCUCCGCUGCUCUGUUCAUUGCGGCUGCUGCUUCCCCUUACUUGGCCCCCAAGGCUGUUGCCAGGACUCUCCAGCAAGUUUUCACUCUCGUUGCUUUUCCUCUUGUCGGGGUCUCAGCAUCAUUUGAUGCUAUAUUGGACAUAGCGGGGGGAAAAAUUAAUAUUCAUGUACUAAUGGCCCUUGCGGCCUUUGCAUCAGUUUUCAUGGGGAACUUCUUGGAAGGAGGCUUGCUUCUGGCAAUGUUUAAUUUGGCUCAUAUAGCUGAGGAGUACUUUACCAGCCAGUCAAAGAUUGAUGUCAAGGAGUUGAAGGAGAAUCAUCCAGAAUUUGCUCUCGUGUUGGAUACAAAAUAUGGAAAACUGCCUAGUUUUUCAGACUUGACAUAUCAUGAAGUCCCUGUGAAUGAUCUGGAAGUUAACUCAUAUAUAUUAGUCAAAGCCGGUGAGUCAGUUCCAGUGGAUUGUGAAGUUUACCAAGGUAGAUCAACAAUUACAAUUGAGCAUUUGACUGGGGAAGUCAAGCCAAUUGAAAGAAAAACUGGGGACAGCAUUCCUGGCGGAGCAAGAAACUUGGAUGGUAUGAUGAUAGUAAAGGCAAAGAAAACAUGGAAAGAAUCUAUGCUUAGCAGGAUUGUCCAGCUGACUGAAGAAGCUCAGCUAAGCAAACCAAAGCUCCAGAGGUGGUUGGAUAAAUUUGGUGAGAUCUACAGUCAAGCAGUUGUAUUUUGGUCUAUAGCUGUUGCACUCCUUGGGCCACUUAUUUUCAAGUGGCCAUUGGUUGGCACGUCAGUUUGCAGAGGAUCAAUUUAUAGGGCAUUGGGGCUUAUGGUGGCCGCAUCACCAUGUGCACUAGCUGUAGCACCGUUGGCCUAUGCCACGGCAAUUAGUGCCUGUGCUAAAAAGGGAAUACUGCUCAAAGGUGGACAUGUUUUUGAUGCUCUAGCAUCUUGCCACACUAUUGCGUUUGACAAAACUGGUACCUUGACAACUGGAGAGUUCACAUGUAAAGCAAUUGAACCUAUACGUGGACAUCUCAGGAAUGCUGAAAAACAACUUGCUUCAUGUUGUGUACCCAGCUGUGAAAAAGAAGCGCUUGCUGUGGCUGCUGCGAUGGAGAAGGGUACUACUCACCCAAUUGGAAGAGCUGUUGUGGAUCAUAGUGUGGGAAAAGAUCUUCCUUCUGUUUCUGUUGAAAGCUUUGAGAAUUUGCCUGGUAGAGGUCUUUUUGCAACAUUAUCUAGCAUUGAGCCAGGACUUGGUGACGGUAAAACAUUAAGAGCUUCGCUGGGCUCUGUGGAUUACAUUGCUUCGCUUUAUAACUCUGAAGACGAAUCAAGUAAAAUUAAGGAUGCAGUGAGCGCUUCUACUUAUGAAGGCGAUUUUGUUCGAGCUGCUCUAUCUGUUAAUAAUAAGAAGGUGACCCUUUUUCAUUUUGAAGAUAAGCCUCGACCUGGAGCUUUUGAUGUUGUCCGGGUAUUAAAAGAUCAAGCAAAGCUCCGUGUAAUGAUGUUAACUGGUGACCACAAGUCAAGUGCGCGGAGAGUGGCCAAUGCUGUGGGUAUCGAUGAGGUAUACUGCAGCCUUAAGCCAGAGGAUAAGCUGUAUCAUGUGACAAGUAUAUCUAGAAAUACAGGAGGCGGGCUUAUAAUGGUUGGUGAUGGUAUCAAUGAUGCCCCAGCCCUGGCUGCUGCAACUGUGGGUAUUGUGCUAGCAGGUCGGGCCAGUGCAGCUGCUAUUGGGGUUGCAGAUGUGCUAUUGCUCCAGGACAACAUUUCUGGUGUCCCAUUUUGUAUAGCGAAAUCUUGGCAAACAACUUCCCUGGUCAAGCAAAACGUGGCCCUAGCUUUAUGUAGCAUUGUAGUGGCAUCUCUUACGUCAGUUUUGGGAUACCUUCCAUUGUGGUUAACGGUGCUUCUGCAUGAAGGUGGUACUCUACUUGUUUGUCUCAAUUCCAUCCGGGCUUUAAAUCCCCCAACAUGGUCAUGGAGAGACGACAUUCCACAACUUGUUAACAAAUUGAGAUCUGUAUUUAUGUUUGUGAUGGGUGUCAGCCACCCGGAAACCCAAAGCGCAGCACAGGCGGCGGCACCCUCGUGAUGGAUGGAUGGAUGUACCGCCUCGAGUCAUUCAGUUGGAAGCCAUAACCCUCCAGGCUUUUGUGAAUUGUGAUUUAUGAAUAUUAUAGGUAGAAGGAGGACCAUAUUCAUUCUGGAGUUGUGGAUAGCUUUUAGAAACAAGACAGACAUUAGUUGUCAACUGUAAAUUUCUCUCCAACAGACGAUUUUUAAUGGCGACAAUGAUGACCUGAUCAAAACAGGAAAUGACAUCUCCUAUUUUUCUUGUGUCCCAAUCAAA